AUGAACAUUCCAAGCUUAUUUCACUUUACAAUCCUCCUGAGAGAAAUAGGAACAUCAUCAUGGAGACCCUGGGUUUUGAGGAAGCAGCAAUUUUCCCUGCCCAGAGUGCCCUUACUACAGACAGCAGGAAAGAAGAACUCUUCCAAUCUCCUUGUUCUAACUGAGGCAGAAUUAAAAGAACAGUUUGUAAGAGGUGAUGGCCCAGGAGGUCAGGCCACAAAUAAGACAAACAACUGUGUUGUCUUGAAGCAUAUUCCAUCUGGGAUCGUAGUGAAGUGUCAUCAAACAAGAUCAGUGGAGCAGAACCGGAAGAUCGCCAGAGAAAUCCUGCAGGAAAAGGUUGACCUUUUCUACAAAGGUGAGGCCAGUGAUGUUUUCAAAGAGAAGAAAGCAUCAGAGAAAAAGAAGCAGGAGAAAAAAAGGAGAGCAAAGGAAAACCUAGAACGGAAAAAGCAUUUCAAAGAGAUGCAACAAUUGGAUAAUAAAUAA